AUUCAGAUUUGGUGUAUCAUUGCAAGUCUUCACGUGGGAGGACAAUGUGACUACUUUACUGACAUUACUACCGGAUGUUCGUCGAAAUGUUCUGUAACUACUAAUAAGGAUCUCUCCUGUUUCAAUAAAACCCUGGAGUAUUUUGAGCGCACAUUAUUUGGAAUAAUGAGGAACUACGUCGCUUCGCAGCUCAACUUGGCGUCUCUUCCUUCAAAUCAUGUAGCUCUAACAGGGCAACAAAUCGUGUCUUCCACGCUCGAUGUGAUGGCUACAGUUCACUCUGCCAAUAUCGAGGAUGAGAAAGGACUCCUCACAGUUGAUGGCACCAGACCUAUAGUAGAAGCUCUCGUGAAUGAUGUUAUGUCCAAACCUCGUGCUAUGUACAACUACGUGUGUCCACAAGGAUGUGAAAGGUCCAAUACUCCCUGGCUUUGGUAUUUCAUCGCAUCUGCUGCUACCAACCUUUCACUUAUAGCCUUCGGAAUUUUUGCAGUAAUGCAGAACCACCGGAAAACUAAGAAACUGCUGAAACACGUCCAGAAAGGUCCAACGAACGCGAACAUGAAGACUGUCAAGCAAAAUUAA